AGCCUCCCUGAAGUAAGCGUGGAGGUUGCCCACGUGUCCCCCGGUUCCUCCAGAAGUAGCCAUACGGAUUCAGAUCGCGGCCGCGGCGACUCCCCGAGCAGAAGAACCCGAUCGAACGCGGCCGCGGCGGCGACUCCCCGAUCUCAGAUCCCUGCUGCGAGCGAAGCAGGGUUCCAUUCGAGCAGAGAUGGCGGCGGCAUGGGAGGUGCUGGCUGUGUUGCUCGUCGCGGCGCAGGUGGCGUCAGCGGCGCAGGUCACGGCGCCAGCGUUCCUGUGGGCGCCCAAAAACUACGGAUUCAGCUCUGAUGAUGCUAAGGAGGUAGUCCAUUACCAAACAAUCUCACCAAAGAGCUUAGCUAAAUCUGUUCUCGAGGAAGGUGGCUGGUCAAACUUCAUGUGCUCAAGGGAGGAUACUCAGAAUAAUGUUGAUGUUGCCAUUGUUUUUAUUGGCUCAAAGCUGCAAUCGUCAGACAUAUCUAAAGAUAAGCAAGUUGAUCCAGCUUUAGCAGACACACUGAAGCUCUCCUUCACACGCUCAGAGUUUUCCAUGGCAUUCCCCUACGUUUCCACGACAGUCGACGAGAGACUAGAGGACUCGUUGCUAUCCAGCUUUGCCGAGAACUGCAACAAUGGUUUCGGAAGAAACCGCAUCACCUACACAGACACGUGUACCGGUCAAGAUCUGAAGAAAUACCACAACAUGGAUGCCAUCAAUGACCUGGUAGUGUCAGGGGUAGCGUCAAGGAGAGCCAACCACCCAAGUGGACAGACCGAUGUAAUCGUCUUCUGUAGCGGCGGGUUCGAGAAUCCAGGCACUGCGAAAUCAGAAGGAGAGCUGCUUUCCCAGCUUGUGGACUCGCUGGACUUGUCGGGAGCCAAAUACACGGUCCUCUAUGCGUCCCAACCGUCUGGUUUGCUGGAGAGCCCUUCCGGCCUGCCGCUGGGUAGGCAUCUCGCGGAGAAGAAGACUAACGGCACGAAAGCUGUCCAGGGCGAAAAAUGCGAUGGCGAGUGCCUCGUCAAGUCGAGUCUCCUCGAAGGAACUUUCGUUGGGAUAGUGCUUCUCAUCAUCCUGAUAUCAGGACUCAUGUGCAUGAUGGGCAUCGAUACUCCCUCGAGGUUUGAAGCUCCCCAGGAGUCUUGAUCUCUCCCUUGGACUGCAGAAUCCGCGGGGGGGUUGUGACGAGGGCACGCGGCGGCGUUGAGGGGGGCCGGUGUUCUGUUGGUGUGCACUGUGGAUAUAUAUUGUUUAGCUUCCCAUUUGGAAGGGAGUACGCCUUGUGUAUUUUUUUUACCGAGCCAACUGUCACUCACGAUGUGCUAGAAUUUUUUGGUGUAAUAUUUGCGUUUCGCGCCUAUGGACAACUAAUAAGCUGAGGCAUUGCAGCAGAUAAAUUCAUGUGCUGCGUGAGGCAGGCUUGUGUUGUGUACCAGACGCACAGCAUUGUUGCCUCCAGCUAGUGCUUUCUGUGUGAAAUAAACCUGAAACCCAGUCCCAGGCCACCGCACCAAUAAAGAUGGGUACUAUGCAUCAAUCAAUUAGAAUGAGGUCUUGCUUUUGUUU